UUGUGCGGUUUAAAAGGUCUUUUAAAAGGUAUUUUAGUAGGGUAUGUUACUCUUGRCCAUAGAAAGGUAUUGACCAAAAAAUGGACGCACAUCAAGACAACUGUCAUGUUGUCAUGUUAAUGAGCAAUGGGAUAAUACCUCCAAAUGGACGUUAUACAAUAUCAGCCUGGUAGUUAUUUACUUGGCAUGGACAGUUUAAUCCAAAUGUGGCUUCAUUAGUUAGACACAAGAUUGUGCACAAUACCGUGAAAUGAUUCAUCGAAGGUUUUCUCGAGUCAAGACCCUUGUCUUAAUUACAGCAAUUACUCUUGUCCUUAUACUAUCGGUGAUUAAAUUAUACAAGCUGUCUAACAUCAAAUCUUCCAGUGGGCGAAUGGAGGUACGAAGAACUCUACUUGCAAAYAAGGAAAGAAAGCCAAAGUGUAAACCAAAAAAGAACGUCGUUUUCCUGAAAACRCAUAAAACUGGYAGUAGCACMGUCACGAAUAUUCUCAGUCGCUAUGGAGAUCGCAAUAACUUGGUGUUUGUACUUCCAAGAGAAAAACAAAACCGUCUGGGUUGGCCCUGGCUAUUACAACUGGAUCACAUUGCAUUAUAUGACAAUGCAAGYUAUAACAUACUAAAUAGUCAUUCCAGGUACAACAGGCCAGUUCUCGACCAGCUAAUGCCCAAUGACACUGUUUACGUAACUAUACUGCGCGACCCUGUAACGCAAUUYGAGUCCACUUUCUCCUAUAUGGGUUUUGGUCAAUUAUUGGGACUUUCAAAUCACUCUGAUCCUUUGAAAACAUUUUUYGACAAUCCGAAAGARGCUUUAAUCAACUAUCUACUAACUCAGGACCUCAGGAUUCAUAGCCAGAGAGUAAAACUUAUUAGAGACGGUAUGUUUUUUGAUUUGGGUCUUGAACCGAAGGAUUUCGAAAAUGAUGUUAAAAUCAACGAAAUAAUCAAGAGGUUUGAUUCUGAGUUUCAUCUUGUAAUGAUGAUGGAGCAAUUUGAUGAGUCGCUAGUUUUACUCAAACGACUUUUGUGUUGGGAUCUCAAUGACAUGCUAUACUUUAAACUUAACGAAAGGAGACACUCUGAAAAAAGAACACAUUUUACACCAGAUUUAGUGAACAAGAUACGCCAGUGGAGUAACGCCGAUGUCAGGUUAUACGAGCAUUUUAGAGACGUAUUCUAUGGAAUUCUUUCCAAACAAGAUGAACAUUUCCACGAUGAGGUUAGAAACUUACAAUUUCGGAAUUACUUCUUGCGUCAUUCCUGCCUCCAAGAACAAGAUAUACCUAACCAAAGCGAAGUUGUUAMWGGUGUGAGGAAGUAUAUAAUUCGUCCAAAUAUCACAUCAGCUCUGCGUAGAACGUGUGAUCGAAUGUUGUGGGAUGAAAUCAAAUACCUAAGAUAUUUAAAACGAAAACAAGACGACUUAUUAGWUACAAACAAGAAGUCUUGGCUUCARAGYAUCCCUGGUUAUAGCUUGAUUUCUAUGGUCUUAAGCUCAUUUUGAAGCAGCAUACUUGUACUCAAAAGUAGCYGAGUARUACRAUUCUCGCCGUAAAAAUMGCAUUUUUGUAUUUUCUGCAUUAUUUGUGUACAUCUCAGUUCUUGAUUCAUUCAUCUUAGUCUGAACUUUUUCCCUAUGAAUUUAUUAUUAAAUUUCUUACGUAAAGUUUUUUUUUAUCAAAUUCAGAAAUGGAAUUGUUUCGCAAAAGGUAUAAAACUCUCAAACUGAAAAAAAUCUAGAUAAUUUUAUACUAGGCUCAUCAGAAGAAAGGUUGCAAUAAUUUAUUUUUCUUAAUAUAUGCAAAUAUGUUUUGUAUAGUUCAAAUAAAUAAAAACAAAA